UUUAACAGAACCCGCCAUAUUGUACUUCUUUUUAAUAUACUGGGUUGGUGUAAAUAUACGAGGGACUUUUAAAACACAACACUGGUUUGAUACGUCAAUGGCAGGAGCGGGGCUCGAACUCACGACCUCCUGCCCACAAACCAAGCGAUAUAUCACUGAGCUACCACAACCAGGUCCAUGCAGGACUAGUUAUUUUUUAAAAUACGUAGCUAGCAAUGGCGAAAGCAGUCAAGUUCAGGAGCCACGUUUCGCAGGAAUACGUAUCAGAAAGCCUAACGUCAUGGAUAUCUACAGACGAGCGUGUUUCCUAUUAUCGUUUGUGCUCAGCUGUUUGGCACAGCCGGACUUCAACCUCUUAGCGAAUGUAACGUCGACUGAAGAUUUUGCCCGCUUUAUAAUGAAAGAUGGUCACCGAAUAAACUUUUCAGAACUCCUCAAUACAGAUGAAUGGCGGCAAGUAGUAGGCGGAACUGACGGUACUGAACCAGCGAAGCUAGCCCCAUAUGAUUACUGCUCACCCAGAUUUCAGACUGUGGUUAUACCACGUGACAGUGACCCCAGUAUUGUAUAUUUUCCGCCCUGUACACGGGUGAAGCGUUGUGGAGGUUGUGCUCCAGCGGAAGUUUUAGCUUGUGAGCCUAAACUGACCAGCGUUAUGAGUGUUUUGGUUGUUAGAUCCAGGAUUCCUUACCCAGGCUCUCCAGAUACUCAGUUUGAGGCCUUCGAAACAAAGCAAAUCAUCAAACACGAAUCUUGUGAACCACAAUGCAAAGUAAAGCCACACCACUGUAACCCACUUCAAGCCUACAUCGCGCGAGACUGCAGCUGCAUGUGCCGUGAUCGACCUGCGUGUCCAACGGACAGACAUAUUUGGGAUGAGGAUACCUGCAUGUGCAAAUGCUCCCAAAGAAACGAUAACUGUCCGGGAUUUUCACGAUUCAGUGACAAAACGUGCAGAUGUGAACUACGACAGGGGGUGUCCGGAAUGUCCGAUGAGGAGAUCCGCAACCUUCUGGUCCUGGCGUCGCAAGUUACCACAACCACCACCACCACCACCCCAGCUCCCACCGCCCCUCCCACUCUGCCACCGCUGGUCAUAAACAUACCUAACAGCCCAUGUCAACCACCAUUCCCGUGCCCAGUCGGCAUGACUCCUAAAAUUUCCGUGAUUAACGGACGCUGCCAGUGCAUGCUUCCUCAGUUCCGACUGCCCACUCUCAGGGGCAGACGACAGGCACAACUCAGCCGGCGACUUCUAAGAAAUCAGAGGGGACAUGUGUGAUUAAAUGACUGUUGUUAUUAUCAUUGUUAAAGAAAGUGGUGUCAAAAUAAUUAUCUGGAUUUCUUAUUCCAAAAGAAAAUAGUUACGUUAUCAACAGAUUUAUAUGCUAUAUUUAUGUACAUACAAAUAAAUCUGGUUUUUCGUUUGAAUUUAAAA